AUGUCUUCGAUCAACCCAGGAUUGCGCUAUCAGGUCAUCCGGAUCUACAAAGAGUUGCUGUACCUCGGCAGGGAGUACCCACAAGGUUACAACUUCUUCCGAAAACGCCUUCACAAUGCGUUUGCAAGCCAAGCCGGAUUGAGAGAUGAGGAGCAGAUCAAGCGGAGAAUCGAAAGAGCCGAAUUCGUGAAGAAAGAGAUUGAGGCCUUAUACUAUUUAAAGAGAUACCGCGCACUACGCCAGCGGUAUGACAAGGCCUGA